AUGGCUCAACAAUUAAUCAGGAGAGGAGAAGUUUAUUGGAUUAAUUUAUCUUUGCCUAGUUCCGAAGAAAAAGAAAAAGGCAUUAUCCAUGAAUUACAAGGUCCUCAUCCCGGAGUAAUUAUCUCUAAUAAUCAGCAAAAUCUUUAUAGUCCCUUAAUCACCAUUAUUCCUUUAACUUCUCAAUUGGAUAAGAUUUACCCGUUUGAGGUGCUGACUGAAAUAAAUAACCAAAAAGGCAAGGCCUUGACCGACCAAAUUACCACUAUUGAUAAAAAAAGAUUGGGAGACUACUUGGGGCAAUUGGAUAAAUCAGUUAUGAGAAAAAUCCAAGCAUCCUUACAUUUGACUUUGGCUUUGGAGGAAUAG